ACGUGGACCGCGGAGCAGCUGCGCCCCGGACACAGAUCGCGGGCUCUGGACGCCCGGGCUCCAGGCACCCGGAACCGCCGGGGAGGGCAGGAGAGCGCACCGAGCCCAGGAUUGAUUGUGUCCCCGGUCGCCGCCACCUCGCUCGCUCGCUCGCUCGGCUCCGCUCCCGCCUCAUGGCUCCGCUGCUGCGGCCGCCGCCGCCGAUGCCGCCCUUGCGUUCCGAGGGCCUUCGCCGCAGCGGGUGCAAGCCUUCCUUUAAGGACUAAAUAGGGCCGCCGCCAGCUCACCCGCACACCACAUCCCCGGGAAGGUCCAGGCCCGAGAGGCUGGAGGAGAGAAGGAAGAGCGAGCAGAAAGCAGACUCAGGUCCACACGGGACAGUCGGUCCAUCCCCCAGCCUCGGGCGGAGAGCGGAGCUGCACAGCUGGUUUGCCGCAGACUCAGGGCUGGCGACUGUGCAGAAGCCCUCGCGCUGGUGCUCCAGGCCGGCCCCUCGCACCUGCGGGAGCCCGACACCCUUGGACUCACCUGACACCUGGGCAUCCCCAUCCCCACCGCGGCUGCCGCAGCCCGAACCGGACUCCGCGGGCAGGCCUGGAGCGCGGCGAGGUCUAAUAUGCCCAGAGCCGAGGCGCCAUGAAGGAGAAGUCCAAAAAUGCGGCCAAAACCAGGAGGGAGAAGGAAAAUGGCGAGUUCUAUGAGCUGGCCAAGCUGCUCCCGCUGCCAUCGGCCAUCACCUCGCAGCUGGACAAAGCGUCCAUCAUCCGACUCACCACCAGCUACCUGAAGAUGCGCGCAGUCUUCCCGGAAGGUCUAGGAGACGCGUGGGGACAGCCGAGCAGAACAGGACCCCUGGACAGUGUGGCCAAAGAGCUGGGAUCCCAUUUGCUGCAGACUCUGGAUGGCUUCGUUUUCGUGGUGGCCUCUGACGGCAAAAUCAUGUAUAUAUCUGAGACCGCUUCUGUCCAUUUAGGCUUGUCCCAGGUGGAGCUCACAGGCAACAGUAUUUACGAGUACAUUCAUCCUUCCGACCACGAUGAGAUGACGGCAGUGCUUACAGCCCACCCACCCCUCCACCACCACCUGCUCCAAGGUUCGUCCUCCACAGCACAGGAGACCAGAGUGAAGCAAGAGUACGAGAUAGAGAGGUCUUUCUUUCUUCGGAUGAAAUGCGUCUUGGCAAAAAGAAACGCGGGCCUGACGUGCAGCGGCUACAAGGUCAUCCAUUGCAGUGGCUACUUGAAGAUCAGGCAGUAUAUGCUGGACAUGUCCCUCUGCGACUCCUGCUACCAGAUCGUGGGGCUGGUGGCCGUGGGCCAGUCCCUGCCGCCCAGUGCCAUCACGGAGAUCAAGCUGCACAGUAACAUGUUCAUGUUCAGGGCCAGCCUCGACCUGAAGCUCAUAUUCCUGGAUUCCAGGGUGACAGAGCUUACGGGUUAUGAGCCGCAAGACCUGAUAGAGAAGACUCUGUACCAUCACGUUCACGGCUGUGACACCUUCCAUCUCCGCUAUGCUCACCACCUCCUGCUGGUGAAGGGCCAGGUCACCACCAAAUACUACCGGCUGCUGUCCAAGCUGGGCGGCUGGGUUUGGGUGCAGAGCUACGCCACCGUGGUGCACAACAGCCGCUCCUCCCGGCCCCACUGCGUCGUGAGCGUCAAUUAUGUCCUCACGGAUAUAGAAUACAAGGAGCUUCAGUUGUCUCUGGACCAGGCGUCUACUUCUAAGUCUCAGGACUCCUGGAGAGCCACCUUGUCUACCUCACAAGAAACAAGGAAAUCAGCUAAACCCAAAAAUAUAAAGAUGAAGACAAAGCUGAGAACCAACCCUUACCCCCCACAGCAAUACAACUCGUUCCAAAUGGACAAGCUGGAGUGCAGCCAGGCGGGAAACUGGAGAACCAGUCCCCCCACAAACGCUCCGGCUCCCCCGGAACAGCAGCUCCAUUCAGAAGGCGGCGGCGGGGACCUUUUAUACGGGCCACCCUACGGCCUCCCCUUCUCCUACCAUUAUGGACACUUCCCUUUGGACUCUCACGUCUUCGGCAGCAAGAAGCCAGCACUGCCCGCCAAGUUCGGGCAGCCCCAAGGAUCCCCGUGUGAGGUGGCACGCUUUUUCCUGAGCACGCUGCCAGCCAGCAGCGAAUGCCAAUGGCAUUAUGCCAACCCCCUAGUGCCCAGCAGCCCAUCGCCAGCUAAAAACCUUUCUGAGCCUCCUGUAAAUGCUGCCCGGCAUGGACUCGUGCCAAACUAUGAAGCGCCCGCCGCCGCCGCUGCGCGCAGGUUCGCCGAGGACCCCGCGCCCCCAAGCUUCCCGAGCUGCGGCCACUACCGCGAGGAGCCGGCGCUGGGCCCCGCCAAGGCGGCGCGCCAGGUGUCCCGGGACGGAGCCCGGCUGGCGCUGGCCCGUGCGCCCCCCGAGUGCUGCGCGCCCCCCGCUCCCGAGCCGCAGGCGCCGGCGCAGCUGCCCUUCGUGCUGCUCAACUACCACCGCGUGCUGGCGCGCCGCGGGCCGCUCGGGGGCGCUGCGCCCGGCCUGGCCUGCGGCCCCGGAGCCCCCGAGGCGGUCGGCCCUCUGCGGCCGCGACACCCGGGCCCCGUCGCCGCCUCUGCGCCCGGCGCGCCCCGGCCGCACUACCUGGGUGCCUCGGUCAUCAUCACCAAUGGCAGGUGACCCGCCAGGGCCGGUCCCGCUCCGCAGGGCGGCCCACAGGGAGAAGCCAUAGGCCAGGCCUUCUCUGGUUCCUUUACUUCUUUUCUUUUUUUCAAGGUCCAGCAGAUGGGGCGAACUGUAUAUGCACGAUAUAAAUUAAUUUAUACAGAGACAACUAUUUUAAUAGAACUCCACUGCCGCCUUUUAGAUUUUUUUUAACCGGUGUAGAGGAUUGGGACCCAGUUGGAGGAUGGGGAGAAGGGACAGCCGCCAAGGGCCGGUUUUCAGAGGGCCCAGAGUCCAGAUGCCAACCUGUGACCUCAAACUAGCCAGUUCCCAGGGCUCUUGGUUUCCUCGCCCUGGGGAGUCAGUCUGCAAUGGGAAUUCAAGGCAUUGCGUGCAGCUUGGCGGAAGGGUGCCACCUUAAGGGGACCCCUCCCACCCCCAUCCCACAGGAGUCCUUUCAGAGUCCUUUUGGACACUUCACACAAAACGUUCUCCUUGUAAGUCCCACGAGCAGACAAGAGUUUCUGCUGUCUUCGAACUCACGCAUCUCAUUUUUAAGUUUAAUCCUUUUAAAGAUACACACACACACACAAAAGGAAAAACCCCAGCCUGCCGAGGCUUAGGAGGCAGGCGUGCCAGCCUGUCGAGUGAGGCGUGGACACCCGUGUGCUUCAGAAGCGCACGACAAGCUCGCUCCUUCCCGAGCCCGUAGGAACUCUUGGUUAACACCCACAAAUCGCACCUUCAAAAAUAUAUGGAGUAAGCAUUAAAUGCAAAAAGAUACAUAUAGUCAGACAUCCUGGAAUGGCCCUGACAAGCUUAAUUCCCUGGCAAUAUCCCUGCAGCCCUCACGGAUCUGUUAGUCCUACGCUUGUGUUUGCUGCAAGUAGGUACUACUUAAAGCUAGUUAUAUUGCAUGUGCAAUACAGAGACCUGAACGGACUGCACCUUGUGGAAAAAAAAAACACGCUUAGGGGAUGUAAUGAAAACGGUGUAUACAUUUAAGCAUUUUCUACAUAGCACCGAGAGCUUCGUACAAACAUGUCGUGUGUAACAGGUGAAUGGAGACCCUUUUUAUAAACCCACCAGCAGUGUUUAAAAAUAAACUUGCAUUACUUUCA